GUCCUCCGUUCUUGCGCAGUCGCACAAAAAACACAUUUAUUUUGAUUCCCUCUGGCGCUUCCUUUUCUGGAGCAUUUCUUAAUCAGCAUUGCCUGGUUCUAGGGUUUCCUUUUUCCUCCAACUCUUUAAUCCAAAGCCUCGAACUUCACCUACAUAUUUUUCCGUUCUGAUUCGACCGAAAUCGAAAAGCCUAGGACAAAAUUUGUGCAAAAAAGCAAAAGAAGUCUCAUCAAAUUUCGAGUUCGCCGAUAUGAAGCUCACUGUGAAAACUCUCAAGGGCAGCCACUUUGAAAUUAGGGUUCAGCCCAGCGACACUAUUAUGGCAGUUAAAAAGAACAUUGAAGAUAUGAAAGGAAAAGAUAGUUAUCCAUGUGGUCAGCAGUUAUUGAUUCAUAAUGGAAAGGUAUUGAAAGAUGAAAGUACCUUGGCAGAAAACAAAGUGUCUGAAGACGGGUUUCUCGUGGUCAUGCUCAGUAAGAGCAAAGCUUCGGGCUCUGGUGGGACAUCUUCUACCCUGCCUACAGCUACUGCUGCAGCAAUUUCUAAUCCUACACCACCUGAAGCUCCUCCUCCAGUCCUGGCCUCAAAGACCAAUGCAUCUGCUUCUAAUCACGAGCCUCUGCCAGCUGGUGCACCUUCCAAUGCUUAUGGAGAAGCUGCUUCUAAUUUAGUUGCUGGCACUAAUCUCGAGCAAACAAUUCAACAAAUAAUGGAUAUGGGUGGUGGCACUUGGGACAAGGAAACAGUUACUCGAGCUCUUCGAGCUGCUUAUAACAAUCCAGAAAGAGCUGUGGACUAUUUAUACUCUGGAAUUCCAGAAAUGGCAGAAGUUGCUGUUCCAGUGGCUCCAACUGGGACUAAUUCAGCGACGCAAACUGGUUUGGACUCUGAUGUUGCUGUUUCUGGGGCACCCAACUCUUCUCCACUAAAUUUGUUUCCUCAGGAGAAUCUUUCUGGUGAUGCUGGUGCAGGUCUUGGUUCUCUUGAUUUUCUUAGGAACAACCAACAGUUCCAAGCUUUGCGGUCAAUGGUUCAAGCUAAUCCGCAAAUUUUACAGCCAAUGCUUCAGGAGCUCGGAAAGCAAAAUCCUCAACUACUGAGAUUAAUAGAGGAGCACCAUCAAGAGUUUCUUCAAUUAAUCAGCGAACCAAUGGAUGGUUCUGAGGGGGAUUUAUUUGAUCAGGCUGAGCAGGAUAUGCCCCAUGCAGUUAGUGUCACACCAGCAGAGCAGGAGAUCAUUGAGCGACUUGAGGCAAUGGGCUUUGAUAGAGCCCUUGUUAUCGAGGCCUUCCUAGCAUGUGACCGCAACGAGGAACUGGCAAUCAAUUAUCUACUUGAGAAUGCUGGAGAUUAUGAAGAUUGAACGCGGAAACAUUCUAUUUGAAGAUUCUUUAUUACGUAUAGUUAUAGUCCGGAACUUUUGAAGAUCGUGUUUCCUGGAGUUUGUCAAACUUCUGUGUUUUACAUUUUGAUGGCUCCUAAUUAUAGAGACAUUGUUAAGGCGGUUGUAUGGUUCUGUA